AUGCCCAAGCCAAACCUCCUCCUCUCCAGCCUCGCCCCGGCCCUCCGCUGCUGCCACCGCCGCCCCGCCGCUCCUCAAUUCCACCACCGCCGCCACCAGCCACAGCACCACCAGCAACUCCGCAGCAUUCGCAUCACCCGCGAGACCGUCCCCAGCCGCCCCCCGCCCGACUCCCCCCCGCCACAGACACCGGAAGACUCCACCACAAACAUCCCCGGCUCCUCACCGCCAAAGAACUCCGUCACCGUCUUCCCCGGCCGCAGCUUCGCCAUCCGCCGCGGCAACCACUUCUACGACCCCAACCAAAAGACGCCCGGCCCCUUGCCCCCCGUGCCGUGCCGCAACCCGGCGCACAAGCUCCCCAUCAUCACGCGCGCCUUCGGCCCCAAGCUCAGCGAGCACCACUUCAGCCGCGAGCCCCCAGAGAGGCUGAGCUAUGCGCUGGGCCACAAGAUGGACAUCCGCGACCUGGACCACCACGUGCUGCGCCACGACGUGGCCUUCAAGCUCGGCGUCGAGUAUCUGUCGCCCGCGGUGCACAAGGUGGCGCACAAGCGCGAGCGGCUGCUGGACGGGCUGGUGCAUGGUGUGAGGAGGCCGCGGAUUAUUGUGCCGGCGGUGGUGAUCUCGGGCGCGGGCGGGGUGCCGCGGUGGCUGUUUUUUGUGCUGGAUAGUAUGACGCCGUGGACGUUUUUGUCGAAGCAGGCCAUGGAAAAGCUCAACAUCCCCAUCUGCCUCGACGGCUCCCGCGCCCACGUCACCAUCUCCGGCUACGACCAAGUCGUCUACCCCUCGCCGCCCAACUCGGGCUUCGAGGAGCUCAACAUCCUCGGCACGGGCUUCAUGCGGCAGUACAACGCCUACCAGACGGUCGACUGGCGCACGCGGUCGGCCAAGGUGUUUAUCAACCGGGGGGGCAUGCCGCACUUCUCCGAGGUGCGCAUGACCUCGUGGACGCCGGCGGGGAACAUGGAUCUGCAGAUCAAGAUGAUGCGCGACGAGGAGCACGAGAGCGAGUCGGAGCGCGAGGUGCGCGAGGCGUGGGAGAGCGACACGACGGAGGGCAUGAGCCAUGCCGAGAAGUGGAGGAGGAGGUGGGCGGGGAGUGAGUGGGAGUCGGCGGGGCUGUUUAUGAGUCAGGAUGGGGAUGACUGGGAGGCUUAG